GUCAACUCCUUGCCAGCUAACGACUUCACGUCAAAGUACGCCAUCCUAUUCCAUCCGCUUGCAUAUGAAGCCGCCUCUUCGCUUGAUGACAUGCGUACCCUGGCAUUCACCAUCCGUUAGACGAGGUAGCAUUGGGGCGCCACCAGUCAUGGGAACGCCCAGAUCCGAUGUGAUAGGGACCGGAACCUGACAGGCCAAGAUUACCAUACCAGAGAGCGGCCGCAUCACGGGGGCCUUGCAGCAUAGCCUCUGGGAACACGAUGGCCUGCCUCUAGCCGUAUUAAGAGGCCUGUCCAGGAUGUCGAGGUCGAACAGGCGAAAAUCGAAUUGGGGCCUAUGGCGUCCAACACCCUCAGACACGUACGGUUUUAUCAUGCCCUCGCCCGGUCGUCAAUGCGCCAUAACGAACCCAAAACCCGUGCGUCCUGCCAAGCUCCAAACAGUUCUCUACCACAGUAACCAAAGAGAAACGAGAAGGCGGCGCGGCUUCGAAGACAACUCGCCAAUCCAGAUCCUGGAUGCAAACAUUUCUGAUCCUCAUCCAGGAACACAUUGUCUUCCCCACCUUGAGCCUGCUUUCCGCUACGUCCACCGGCCGCCCACCUCCACCAUCAUGAUGAUAUUCAGACCAGGGCCGGUUUCUGAGUUUGAAUGCUCUCGCCAACAAACACCUUACCGCUCGAAUGAAGCUGUCAGCGGCCAACCCGUUCUGUCAAAUAACCUGACAGCCUCCCUUGACAUGUCAUGCUCAUGAUCGCAGGCCUGGCGCAUGACGCUGACGAUCAUGAAAGGAUUCUGACACUGUUGACACCUAGAAGCGAAAGCUGUCUCGGUAGCUUCAAACUGGUUCCGCUGCGUUAGCGGCAAAUGACCCCGGUCUCUGAGCCUGGGUUUGCCGCGUCAAACGGCCUAGUCUGCUGUUGAGCCUCCUCAGCCGGAGAAACGGACUUGUCACUCCAGCUGCAAAACCAACAAUAGGGCUGGGAGACGAUCUCUCCCAUAACGGCUCUGGACGAGCGAUGCGACGGUGCCGCAGAAGAUGACUUACGCAAAGAAGCAAGGCGCCGAAGUCUACUGCCUUCCCGGCUUCUCUCACACAGACUUGCAACCGGCCAAGAUGCCGUGGGAUCAACGGAGUAGCAUCCAUCAUUCCCUUUUCAGCACCGCCCCGUGGAUAUCCAAUGGACACUGAGAGAGACAACACGACACGACACCACCAGUUCCUCGUGAGAACCCCGGUUCAAGUCGUCAGUGCGGCCUUGAGAAUGUCUCGCCAACACUCACUCCUCGCACCACUCCCCCUCCCCCUCUCCGCAGUGCCGUGCCAGGGAUGGGAUGGCCACCAUCGAGACCGAAAGGAUAUAUUGGCCGGGGCUCGCAUCACCGUCUUGAUGUCACAAGCAGAGUUAUGCUUUGCCAUUGCCUUCAUCCGUUGAUUAGGCUCAAGCACGGUCACCACCGCUGAAAAAAACGUCUUUUUGCCCAUCCAGUCGAUUUGCCCAUCCCCCCUCGUCCAGUGUACUCUUCAUCCCCGCGUGUACUCGGACCACCUUGGACGCCGCAUAGGGAAGGAAUAAGGAGGAGAUACUCCCCAAACCUCUCCUACACCUCCGCUUCUUAGCAAUAGUCGUGGCCAACUCCCCGUUCUCCAUGAUGUUCACGCCAUCUACGAUAUGAGAAUCCCGCCUGUAGAAGUCAUUCUCAGUUGGCCGACCCCGAACUUCGUCAACCCAGUAACGAGAGGCCCGGCCAACGAGAUCGUUGCCAUCAUCCUACUGGCCAUCGCCACCGUCAUCCUCGCUAUCCGGAUCUAUACACGACGAUGUAUCACUAAUGGGUUCGGCUGGGACGACAUUCUUGUCGUGCUGGCCUUCAUUCCAGCCACGGGCUUCGUGGUGCUUGGAGUCAUAGCUACGAACAGCUAUGGUUGGGGGCGGCAUGUCUGGGAUGUGCCUACAGAAACUAUUACAGGAUCACUUCAAAUCGGCCUCGCCAGCCAGAUCCUGUUCGACCUGGCAACAAGCUUCACCAAGCUGUCCAUGUUAGCUCUGAUGUACAGAAUCGCGUGUGCAGCAUCAAACAAGUUGAGGGUGCUCGUCGUAGCACUUCAGGUGCUAAUCUCCGUCAACUGCAUCGUCUUUAUGCUGGUAGCUAUGUUGCAGUGCCGGCCUCUCAAGCUCUACUGGACUCUCUCGUUGGAGCCGCAGAACUGCAUCAACGAAUCCGCCCAUCUUCUCGUUGCCGGAACCAUCAAUACCGUCACGGACUUCCUGGUGGUUCUCUUACCCCUCGCCCUCGUGCGUAUUGUAUAUGCCGACAAGCUCACCUCAAGACAACUUACCAUUGUCAACCUCUUAUUUGGUGCCGGAUUCCUCGCAUGCUUUGCCGGUGUUGCUCGCACAUACUUCACCUGGAUUAUGACUACGGAGCCCGAUGCCACGUGGAACGCCUGGAUCAACUGGCUUGUAUCUUGCCUUGAGCUAUUCCUCGGCAUCAUUUGCACCAGUAUUCCCUCUACAAAACCCUUCUUCAACAAAUACCUUCCCAAGUUCCUCGGCACUAACGCACGCAAAACCCGCGCGACGACGGAACCAGUACCCACCGACAAGGCCACCACCGGUUCGGCGAGAACCAGUCAGAUGUCGAACGAGCCCGCAGUGAAGGAGCUCGACGUAAUUCCCUCAAAGUCCUCCGCAACCAAAAGGUUUAGCGAAGGGACGCUGAACAAGCCGUUACCGGCAGUGAUGAAGAAUCACUCAGUCUACACCAUCAAUAUCCAACUGGACGAAGCCAGUCUAGGCCCCGCUGAUAGGUCACCCGACAGGAGAAGGGCCCCGGGGGGUCGGACGACGGAAAAGUCGGACAUGGCCCGGCGCCAAGCCGUCAAUAAUUUCAGCCGCCCAAAGAUUCAACACAUGAGGAGCAAUUCAGAGCCCUCAAGUCAGCACCGGCCCAGCUUCAGUGCUGAAGACGGCCGACCUGACAGCCACCUUACCAAUACGUCGGGCGAGAGCAGUCGUCACAGUCAGAUCCUUUACGAAGUUGACGACGUCGUCUAUCGUGAGAGCAUCCGUCAGAGCAUCGACGACCUCGAGGCAGGGAUUCGCUAUGGUACAUACGACCGCAGCAGUUACACCGCCGUACCCGCGCCUCUGCGGAAACACGCGAAAUCAGGAUCUGUCGGUACAUUCGGGGGCUAAUUGACGGGCCCAAAAAGCUUGUACAUUGUGUGUAUAAACCUUGCAGACGGGAAUAUCCAUUGUUGUUUCUUUGGAGGUAAAAGACCAGGAAGGGGCGGCUAAAGAAUGCUUGCUCAAAGAGUUUUACGAUACACCCUCAGGACAUCAGUUCCUGCAUUUCACUUCCCUUUACGGCCA